AUGAGUGCAGAGCAACUGAGUGAAGCGGCGAAGCGGCUUGAUGUGGACAGCUACGUCAAUUUCGUCCAUCGUAUGAGUGCAGAGCAACUGAGUGAAGCGGCGAAGCGGCUUGAUGUGGAAUGUGACGUCAAUUUCGAUCGCUAUCACGAUGUUGAUUCUGACGCGCUGCAAGAGCCAGCGCUGAAGAAAUGGCAGGGAGGAGAAUACUUAAUCAUUUCAAUGGGAGGGGUUGAUAGAAAAUGGGAAGCAACUGGAGCACACGACAUUGGUGGACUCGACGAGUGGUUUUCAAAGAAUAAUACCACCGAUGGCUUAUUCGCUAAAGAUCAGAAAUACGAUCGCUCAAAUUGGGAGCCGCAGUUCGUCUCUCAUUCGCAAAUUCCUUUCCAUGAUGAGCGAUUUCCAUUUCAGCUUCGAGACAAUACCGUACUGCGAUGGGAACUCUGUCGUGCAAAUUAUACGAUUGACGUUUUGGACGACGUUUUCAUGUUUCAUCGAGGAAUAAAAUUGCCAAAUAAUGGGAAAUCGUUCAAGGUUCAGAAGCGGAACUCAGCCAGGUUUGAUGAGGCUUUGAAGACAUUUAAACAGCGAAUGGACAAGGAGUACCCGGAAACGAAGCAACGUUGCCCUACACCAGAACGAUGA